AGAAGCAACCCUCAGUCUACACAACCCUGCCUUCUCUUUAAAUCAGCUGUCUGACUGAACCACACCGCCUGCCUCCAAAAAAGUGUUUCUUCGUUAGUUUUUAAAUACAUGUUUUUAAGGUUAAAAGAAAAAGAUCAGUUUCUUGUGUUUUCCGUGAAGCUGGUCGGUCUUGUUCUGUCAGCAUCCACAAGUGAGCUGAAUCAUGGCAGAAUCCAGCACGCAGCCGGCGGCGGCAGCCGACCUGCUGAUCGAACGCAGCAAAGAGGAGAAAGCCCCCAGCAAAGAGCUGAGUGUAACCGUCACAAAAGAGGGACCCGGGCAGGGAACCAAAGUCCCCAGCAGCAACGGCUCCGCCGACAGCCCGCUUCCAGGGAAAGUUUCUGAAGAGGAAGCCACGCCCACACCUCCAGAGUCCUCGCCAAGCUUGUCGGAGAACGAGACGUUGACCAUUGUUACAACAGAAGAAGAAGCGCUUUCAGUUCUCCUCAAGCACAUUAAGAGACAAGGAGGACCAGACAGGGUAGGAGAGCCAGGCGUGGACCUGGACCUGGAGGAGAGCUCCUCAGUGAUGACAGCGGGUGGCUCUGAUGACCAUCGGGAGUCCACCGACUCUGCGUCGUUCUCCAUCCCCAGCCUGGAGCUCUCCGACGGGGUCGCGGCUGCGGGGAACUCUCUCGACAUAGAUGACGGCUUAUCCUCAUCGUACUCGGCUCUGGGUGGUGAGGGCUGCUCCCCCUCCACUGAGAUCCCCAGUCUGAAGGAGGAAGAGGCUCUGGAAGCUGCUGGGGGCGCUGCUGCCGUUUCUGCUCCUCCACAGCCCAAUGCUGCUGCCGUCUCCGAGCCUGGGCCCUCCAUGCCAGCCUACUACCUGGUGAAGUGGAUCACUUGGAAGGAGAAGAAGACCCCCAUCAUCACUCAGAGCGAGAACGGACCCUGCCCCCUGCUGGCCAUAAUGAACACUCUGUUUCUGCGCUGGAAGGCUAAGCUUCCUGCUCAGACUGAAGUUGUUACUGCAGAGGACCUGAUGGCUCACCUGGGAGAGUGCGUUUUGUCCGUCACUCCCAGAGAGAAGGCUAAUGGCAUGGAGCUCAACUUCCAGCAGAACAUGAGCGACGCCAUGGCCGUCCUACCGAAGCUGUCCACAGGUCUGGACGUGAACGUGCGCUUCACCGGAGUCACCGACUUUGAAUAUACGCCGGAGUGCAUCGUGUUCGACCUGCUGGACAUCCCGCUGUACCACGGCUGGCUGGUGGACCCCCAGAGUCCAGAGAUGGUGGCCGCGGUGGGGAAGCUGAGUUACAACCAGCUGGUGGAGAAAAUCAUCGACUACAAGCACUCUGCAGACAGCAGCCGAGUCAGUGAAGGUCUGGUGGCCGAGCAGUUCCUGGAGUCCACCGCCACCCAGCUGUCCUACCACGGCCUGUGUGAGCUCAACACCAGGGCCAACGAGGGCGAGAUCUCCGUCUUCUUCAGAAACAACCACUUCAGCACCAUGAUCAAACACAAGGGUCACCUGUACCUGCUGGUGACGGACCAGGGCUUCCUGCAGGAGGAGGGCCUGGUGUGGGAGUCUCUCCACAACGUGGAAGGAGACGGAAACUUCUGCGACUCGGACUUCCGGCUGUGCCACCCCCCUCAGAGGACUCCGCCCAGCGCCCAGGAGCAGCAGCGGCAGAUCGACCAGGACUACCUUGUGGCUGUGUCGCUGCAGCAGCAGCAGGGCGGGGCCCCGGGGCCCCUCAGUGACCUGGAGCUGGCCCGCAAGCUGCAGCAGGAGGAGUACCAGCAGCAGCAGCAGCAGCAGGCCGGGGCCGCACAGGCCGGGGCCCCGCAGGCCGCCCAGCAGGUCCGAGGUCAAGGGUCACAGCCAACCAGGAGAAGAGAGAAGGACUCCGACUGCGUCAUCCUAUAGAGUCUUCAUCGUCAUCUGGAACUUCCUGAGUCCAGUGUGUGUGCAGCGGAGAGGCCUCUCACACACAGACACACACACACACAGACGCACACGAUGCCAAACCCCCAGUGCUUUUAUCCAACAGGCCCCCAGUUUGUUUCCGCCACGACUGCAGUCUGUAGAGCGGCCUGGCGGAGCGCCGUGGUAACCCCACACUUAACAGAUCUGCCUUUUCUAAAGGGCUCGACAAGUAACCGAAUUCUUUAUUUAUCCUCGACGAACUUAACUGCUGCUUGUAGAUCAGGUCUGAAUCAUUAAUGAGGAGAACUUUGUGCUGCCGACAGCCGAAAUACUGAAAAGUCAGAUGAUUUUAAGGGAGAAACUGUCAAAACCCCCGUUUUGGACGAUUUGGGGAGCAAAAACGGGACCCCCCCCCCCCGCCCCAGAAGAUGCUGAUACAGACUCACAACUCCUCGGCUGGCCCCCACCUCAGACUCAGUCAUGUGAUCUGGAUCAGCUUUGCAUAAAACACGAUGUUUAGAACGGCAUUAAGUCGUCGGCUCGUGUUGAAUGAACAGGGAGAGAUAUUUAUAGAUAUUUUAUAGCACUUUAAAGGAAAAUUCAGCCCUAUUUGCAGUGUUUAUAUGAGACCCUCAAAUGGGAAACACACCAGGCCCAGUCCAAAAAGAUCUUGUGAAUAAUUUGAAACCUUGGCUUCAGGGUGAAAUGAAGGAACGUGCAACAGAUGUAAGAAACCAAUUCUGCCUUAACGUCACGACAAAACCUCUUUUUACCUUGUAGCUCCAUCCCCACGUCUCGUUUUUGACCAGUCAAAUGUCCAAAAUGUAGAUGCUCCCCCCCCCCCCCCCCCGGCGUGACACACGACAGAGAAAAACCUGGAGUUCAGAGAGCAUUUGACCAUUUUCUCUGUUUUUUUCCUGAGAAUAUCUGGCAGCCAAAAAAUCCUGGUUCCCUCUAUUUUGAUUUGCAGCUGUGAGCCAAAGAACCCCCCAGACAUUAGCAGCUCGGGUGCAGCUGUGUGUGGGAGGUGUCAGGACGCCUGCCGGGGGCUGUGCAAACGCUGGCUGCCCAGAAGGUGGCGCUCCCGAGUGAUGACAUGUUCCAAAGGCUUCUUACGGGGCUUGUGUCCUUCACAGCAAAUUCUUCUUUGUCAAAAGACUUGAAUUUCGAAAGAAAACUUGGAUAACCGUUGAAAACUCAACCGUUAGAUGGGAUGAAUGUCAACCGUGCUCAGAAAUGUUCCUCCUCAGCGGCACUGAAACAGUUUCCGUUACAAAACGUCCUCUGACAGGGAUCCUUUUCCAGCAUUUGCCUCUUUGAUGCUGAUUAGAAGUUACAUGAUAACCAGGGAUUUAGUAGUUACUCUACCCAGCUUACUCAAACUCAUCAUCCGUUCCAAAACUCCAUUCAGAUUUCCACUGAUUUUUGUUUGCCAGCAGACACAAGUCAGUCCAGAUUCUGUGGGCAGCAGAUGAACAGCGUCUCCGGUUUCUAUGAAUCUUAUUCAAAUAAACGUAAUUUAUUUAAAUUCUUAAACACUUUUGGUUGCUGAUUUUCAGACCUUUGAAGCUCUAAAACAGGGCUUGGUUUAACAGCCAUCGUAUUACUUUAGGUCAUAUUUCUGUCUUUGGGGGUUUCUGUGGACUGUGGUGCCUAUGCAAAGGACACAAAAUCUAAGCUAAAUCUGAAUGGAGUUUCCAAAGUUUUAACACGGCUUUCACUGCUGAUCUCACACCGUUUCUUUGUUUGAGCUUUGUCUUGAUUUUCCUCGUCUAACUACGAGUCAAAAACUUGAAUAACUCGUGCUGAUCUUAAGUAAACGUCUACAAGGCCAAGGCGAAUGAAACUGAGUCCAAAUAACUCGCGUUUUAUAAAGAACUCAGCAGUUUCAAGUGGAUUAUUCAGGUUUGAAACCUUUCCCAUGACUUCUGUGUGGAUGUUCGGGUGUCACCAGCACUUUGUUUCAUCAUUCCGGUGUUUCUUCGUCUCUUUUUUCCCGGUUUUCAUUCAGUGUGACCGUUUGACUGCUGCCACGCUCUGGUCAAAGCUUUUGUAUUUAAUUUGCCAUCAUGUCAAAUUGUCAAUAAAAACAGAAUCUCCUUACAGCUUUGGUCUGUUUGUGUGAUCUGUGUUUUUUAUACACGGAAUCGUGUGUGUGGGAAAGGAAUGCUGAAUGAAAGUGAGGGGAAGAAAAGCUAACUCAAAGAGAUAGAUAUGCAAAAUACAGCCAUGCUCCUUUGUCUUCAUUUCCACCUCUUUCUUUGUUGGGUUAAAUACAGUGUGCAUGCAGUGAAUAAAUUGUUCUAACAUCUACAGCUUUAGUCUGCAUAUUUAUUUACAAAUUAGUACAUUCUAAGCUAAUUUAUUUGAUAAAAUUAUUUAGAUUUUUUCAUCUUGCAAAUUGAAAUAAACUAUACCUUUUAUUUUUAACAUCC